GCGAAUAGUUUGUACUUUUAUUAAUUACCCCCAGAAUUUUCACACAAUUAAUUACGUAUAAAAUCCAAAGAAAAAAAACUAAACGGCAUCUCCUUCCUUUCGCUACUUGCCCUCCCUUCUGUCGCUGUAGAUACUUUCCCUCUCUCGAAUCGCAUUAAAUCCUCCCUCACUUCAUAUCUGCGUCUGUUUUCUACACUGGCGAUUCAAUUUGAUUUUUGAAGUGUUCUUGUGAUUCGCGGAGCAGGGGAGGGCAGGGCAGUAAUUAUCACAGUCCUAAUGGGAUCACCGAGGACGACGGAGUCCGGGAGCCGGUCAUCGGGGCGGUCGUCGGUGAUCGACUCCAUACGGGGCUGCUCACUGGCCGGAUCGCGGAUUUCCAAGGAGGAGCUGUGGAGGAGGUUCACGAUGCCGGAGUAUCUGAGGCUGGCUAUGAGGGCGGCGAUCGAGGCCAGGGACGUCGACUCGGCGAAGCAGCAUUUCGACGUGGCUCGGGUCGAGGGAGUCGAGCGGGCCGAGCCGCCGGAGUCUCCGCUCGUCGUCUUCAUCAAUUCUAGGAGUGGGGGGAGGCAUGGGCCCGAGCUUAAGGCCCGAUUGCACGAACUUAUGGCGGAAGAGCAGGUUUUUGACCUUCAAGAUGUCAAACCUCAUGAAUUUGUCCAACAUGGAUUGAGCUGCCUAGAGAAGUUUGCCGGUCUUGGAGACACGUGUGCCAAAGAUAUUCGUGAAAAGUUGAAAGUUGUGGUAGCAGGUGGUGAUGGGACAGUUGGAUGGGUCCUUGGAUGUCUUGGAGAACUUGAUGCAUUAGGCCGAGAGCCGAUUCCCCCAACAGCAAUCAUCCCACUUGGUACUGGAAAUGACUUGUCCCGUAGUUUUGGUUGGGGAGGUUCAUUUCCUUUUAACUGGAAAUCAACAAUAAAGAGAGUUCUUGAUAGAGUUACCAGUGCUCCAUCUUGCCGUCUCGAUAGUUGGAAGCUUGUAAUAUCAAUGCCAGCUGGUGAAAAACUGGAGACACCAUACUCUUUGAAGUCUGCCAAGGAUUUAACUCUUGACCAGGAUCUACAAAUUGAUGGGGUGUUGCCUGAGAACCAAUCCUACUAUCAAGGAGUAUUUUAUAAUUAUUUCAGCAUAGGAAUGGAUGCUCAGGUUGCUUAUGGCUUCCACCAUUUACGGAAUGAAAAACCAUACCUUGCACAAGGUCCUCUUUCAAACAAGUUGAUUUACUCAGGUUAUAGCUGCAAGCAGGGAUGGUUUUUCACCCCGUGCAGCAGUGAUCCAGGAUUAAGGGGACUGAAGAACAUAUUGCGUAUACAUGUUAAAAAGGUCAAUUGCUCAAAGUGGGAACUAAUCCCAGUUCCGUCAAGUGUUCGGUCCAUUGUUGCUCUAAAUCUUCCAAGUUAUGGAAGUGGAAGAAAUCCCUGGGGUCAUUUGAAGCCAGAUUAUUUGGAAAAGAGAGGGUUUGUUGAAGCCACUGCUGAGGAUGGUUUGAUUGAGAUAUUUGGUCUCAAACAAGGGUGGCAUGCUUCUAUGGUCAUGGUUGAGCUCAUCUCUGCCAAACACAUAGCCCAGGCUUCCGCAAUCAGAUUUGAAUUACGAGGGGGAGACUGGAGAGAAGCUUAUAUGCAGAUGGACGGUGAGCCAUGGAAACAACCAAUGGACAAAGAUGCUUCUACUUUCAUUGAAAUCAAGAGGGUACCAUUUCAAUCCAUGAUGCUUCGUGGGGAUUCGUAGAUCUUCUUGCCUGAACAAAAAACAAAAGGAACAAUUUGUUGUGCUGGGAUUUAUGUAAAAGUAUUUUCACUUUCUCCCUUAACCAAACUGCCACCAUCUAAUUGUUCAUUUGUCAUUAGUCCCCCAUUUUUUGUGUAUACCGAAUUCGAAAACUCAUACCACCCAAGUUUCUUGGGUGGGAGUCUUAACUUAUUUGAUGAAUGAAAUUAUGAUCAUCUGUACAUAAUUGUGUUGGGUUUAUCUCUUAUGUUCUGAAGAUACUCAUAUGUAAGCCCGG